AUGACCAAAGGGAUGAGCCAGCAAGUAUCUCAAUACAUAAAUACUAAACUAUUGAGUCUUGAUAAUGAUACUAAGCAGCAAUUGAGAAUGAUUAUCCAAUCGAAAAGGUAGUUUUUUUAAAAGCAAGAAGCAUCAGAAUUGAUUGAAAAUGAGCAAAGUAGAAGAAAAUCAUAAACUAAGGAUCGGUCUAGCUCAGCCAAAUCGAAAAUUGCUAAAAUUUAGCAUUAAAUUUUCACUAGAGAAAUCAAUGAAUCUGAAAUGUUUCAUAAUAUUAAUCGAAAGAAAAGCAAUAUCAUUGAGGAGUUAGAAAAGGCUUAUAAUAAUCAAACUUUUGGUGAAGACAAUAUUGUUCUCAUGAAACAGAUUUAAGAUGAUCAGGCCUCCGUUGCUAAAACCUAAGAUACAAAUAGGGAGUAACUUCUCGCCUCUCAAUUAGACUAUUCAAACUUUAAUGAAGACCAAAUGGCUAUCAACGAAGAGAGACCUUAAAGCUAAAAUUAUAUAAAAUAAUAAAGAAGUGUAAUUCUAGACAGCUCUGACUAUGAAAUCGAGCCUGAAUCUAGAAGAGUGUCUAAGUAAAAGUCUAAUUCACAAUUGAAGCUCUCUAAGAAAAAUAUGCUUGCAAAGAGUGUUACUCAGAUCUAGACACCAAAUGAUAAAUCACUUAAAAGUUCAAUGAUAACUAGUAUGGGUGGAGGACCUGCAGUCGCUCAAUCUACUCUUACAAAGAAUUAUAAAGCUAGUUCUAAUUAAAAUAGAUAAUAGCCGAAAAUAAAUUACAAAAGUAACUAGCACUACUCAAGCAUUAAUCCUAAUGGAUCUCUUAAACAAAGCAAGUUUAUUGAUGAUAAAUCAAAAGUAAAACUAAAUGAGACCUUAAAGGAAACAGUAAGAGGUGAGUUAUUUGAGAUAGUUAACAACUAUGAGACUCUCGCUUUAGUACCAGAGGAUGAAAAAUUAGAAGAUGAUAUUUUAGAACUUGACAGAAUAACUAAAAAAUCUAAGGGCUAAAUUCCUAAAAAAUAGCAAGUUAAAUUACAGUAAUACACAAACAAUAUAGAGAACCAUAAACUAACUUAUAGCUCAUAAGUGUAAAGCAGAAGUCCAUCUCUCUCUUAAAAGCUUAACUAAACAAUAAAAACUUCAAGAGAGCAAUCCGGCAUUAAAUAAGUAAACACAAAUGUAAACUCCAAGAUCCUAAAACACAUAAUUGUAAACACAGAAUCAAAAGUUAGGAGAGUACUUAGAAGUAACUUCAAUAGUAAACAUGGAUCUCUUGAAAGAGGAUUGGCUCUGAGUCCAUGCCACAAUAUCGAUAAUGAAACAAUUAAUCUAGAAGAGUCAUCCUAUUAAAGAUCAAUGGACUAACUCAAAGACGAUAUGACUUCAACACUCUAAUAAGUUAAUGCUAGAAAUAUAGCCUAGUUUUUAAAAAGUAAAACACUUUAUCAUUAGCAAAGUGACUACGAAUUAAGUUACAUCUUUGCAUUGAUAGUAGCAACAGUUGAUGAAAAUAUACCACUUAAUAAUGAUAAAAGCGAUCUUCUUAAAAGAUCAAUAGAUGAUAUUUGUAAAUACUUGAGUAAUCAUGGUAGAGUUAUUUACUCACUUCAGAAAUUUAGAGUACUCUUUGAGAGAAGAGAAUCAAUUCUGAAAUAGAUUUAGAAAUUCUAACUUUUUAAGAAAUUUGAUGAGAGAAAGGAGGUAAUCUUUGAAAUUACCGAUAGCUCUAAUCCUAUCUUUAGAUUCACAACUGAUACAAUUGAAAUUUUUAGAGAUCUUAAUAAGCUUAAUAAUCAGUAAAAGAGGCAAAAUAACCAAGAAAAUUUUAAAUAAACUAUUCAAGCAAAAUCGAUUGUUUAAAGUGAAUCAUUAUCAAAUUUCCUAUCUCCAUAAAACAAUGCAAACAAAUGUUUAUUUGACUCUACAUAGAAAAGAUUUAAUUUUAUAACACCUUAUAGUAGUAUAUCUUAGAGACAAUCACCAUCUAAAUAAAGCAGUUAAAAUAAUUCUCCCACUAAAAAAGACAAGACUCCAUCAGUUUAAUAAUAAUUGCUAGUUUAAAAACAAAUUGCAAUAUAAAAGUCUUAUAAAGUUCAACUCGAUUAAUCUGUCAAUAUUCAGCAGAAAACAUAAUAAGCCAAGGAAAGAGAAUAUGAAAUAGCGAGACUUAAAAUGCAGUAGAAAUAUUUACUCUUUUAGCUAGAUAAGCAAGAAAGAUUGAAAGAAGAGAAGAGACAAAAAGAACUUGAACUAGACUAUUUGAGGGAAUAAGGAGAGUUUAAUUCUAGACUUAAGGAAGUUAAGGUCAUUAAGGAGGAGAAAGAAAAAAUAAGAGAAAGAAGUAUUGAAAAUAAAGAGUAUAGAAGAGCUUUAAGAAUCAAAGAACAGGAAGAAUAGAUUAGAUUGGCAUAGGAAAAUAGUAUGAAGGCCCUUUAAGAAUAUCAAUUUAAGUAACAACUUCAUCGAUAACAGAAGGAAAAAUAAGCAGAGGAAUUCAGAAAAAAGAAGUAAGAGAUAUUGAUAAACAAAGCACAUUAGAGUGAAUAGUUCUUAAAUUCAAAGGAAAAUGAGCUAGAUGAAAAACUCAAAUCUUAAUUUGAUGAAGCUACCUACAGAUUCAAAAAGUUGGAUGAGACAGAAAAUGCCAUAAAAAAGGAAUUACAGACUUUGAAGAAAAUAAUCAAGCCCAAGAAAAAUACGAUUGAAAUAUGA